UGUUAGCAUUGUUCAAUUACAAGUUUAGCCUCUGUUAUUGUACACCUUAUUGUCGGUUUUCUUUUCCCGACGAUUUGCUUUUUAUCCAUCUCCGACAUAGAUGACGUUAUCCCACAUCAAUGCAACUCACCUGUAAUUGCUUCUGUUCUCUGCUUUACACGAUUUUAUUUCAAUCCUCUGAUAUUUGCUCUCUAUAAUUGUACCCAGAAAUCUUCACUUACAUCUCUCGUUUGUUGAACCUCAUCUUACUCUUACUCCCAACCGAUCUCCUCUGUUCAUUUACUCGAUCGGAAACUUGUGGAUUUGCUACUCGAAUUGCAGGUUUCAUCGGGGAGCAUGUCUUCCUCUCCUCCUCAAUCUAGCAGUUCAGCCUCACCGGGGGACCUACCUCAAAGGAUAUUUGAUGUUGAUUGUUAUCCAGGUCACGUAGUUCGUAUUAACUCAUAUUCAAGACCACGUUACCUAGUAGACAUUUUAGAUAUCCUAGCUGGCUUGCCUGAGCUACAGACGUUGUUGGCAUCUCCCCUUGGUAAACUUUUCUCGUUGCAUGUUCGAUAUUGCUCCUUAUCUGGCCAGUUAGUCCAUCAAAUGUUAUGUAGACAACUUUGUACUCCUCACAGUGAUGCAUUGUGUUUUGUCUAUGGUGGCCAACCUUUACGUUUCUCUUUGGUGGAAUUCGAACAAUUGACUGGGCUUUCAUGUGCGUCGUCUCCACCGACAACAGAUAUAUUGGCUGCUUUUGUUGUCUUCACCGUUGUAUCAGUAGCACUAGCAACAGCUCCCCAACCACCAAUACCUGCUCCUAAUCGGCCUCUGCUUGAUAACCCCACAUCAUUACUAGCUGGGAAUAGCGUACGCCUAAGACCUUCUCGAGUUGUCCUCUCAGUAUUCCUUUCAGUAUUCCUUUCAGGGCUUUGUGAAGGAACAAAUUCUAUGCUAUAAAACCUGAUCGGCGGAUUAGUUUCAUCUACAUCAUCUCCCUGCAAAUCAUAUCACCAGGUUUGCUAACACAUAUCUUCCUCAAGCUCAUCCCACCAUUACCAUCAACUGAACAAACUUCCAAAGACAGCAACAAAUGUAAGUGAAUGCAACUUCUACGAACAUUCAUAAAGUUCCUUAGACCGACUGUGCUAGUAAUAAUAACUGGAGGUCUGCGGUUGACUGAGAACAUAGAUAGCUGAGAUGGAAGCCAGUAACUCAGUUUUGGCAUCAUUUGCAUUGUCUGCAGCUCAAACUCAUCACUAACAUGGCGAACCAGUGAUUCACAGCUCAUCGACAUCCUCAUAGCCACAUUCCUUGCAUAACAUUCUUUAGCAAGAACGAAAUCCCAGAUUCCAGCUUCAAUUCCCAACUGCCUGCAACGACAAUCACUACGACAUCCUCCGACUGUAAAACAAAAAAAGACCAGAGAGUUAGACACACAUCAAAGAGCAAUCACGACAUAAAACAUAUUACUGUGAAACGUUGUAUUCAACUUAGGCAUCUGACAACUACAUAAGGAAGAGUUCUAACUA